UCUACCUCGCGGGUGCCUCCGGUGUCCCUAGAGGUCUCCGACCCCAGCCCUCCCUCAGCCCACCCGCCCAGCCUGCAGCCCCCUCUCGCCAUCCUCAGACCCUCGCCCGGGACAACGGGGGAUUGCCACCAUGGGUGAUGGAGGAGGAGAAGGCGAGGACGAAGUCCAGUUUUUGCGGACGGAUGACGAGGUGGUCCUGCAGUGCAGCGCCACAGUGCUCAAGGAGCAGCUCAAGCUGUGUCUGGCCGCGGAGGGUUUCGGCAACCGCCUCUGCUUCCUGGAACCCACCAGCAACGCGCAGAAUGUACCCCCUGAUCUGGCCAUCUGCUGCUUCGUCCUGGAGCAGUCCCUGUCAGUUCGAGCCCUACAGGAGAUGCUGGCCAAUACUGUGGAGGCCGGUGUAGAGGCCCUCAAUUUGGAUAAGUGGUCAUCCCAGGGCGGGGGACACAGGACACUCCUGUAUGGCCAUGCCAUCCUGCUCCGGCACGCGCACAGCCGUAUGUACCUGAGCUGCCUUACCACCUCCCGAUCCAUCACUGACAAGCUGGCUUUUGACGUGGGACUCCAGGAAGAUGCGACAGGAGAGGCCUGUUGGUGGACGAUGCACCCUGCCUCCAAGCAGAGGUCUGAAGGAGAGAAGGUUCGUGUUGGGGAUGACCUCAUCCUUGUGAGUGUCUCCUCUGAGCGAUACCUGCACUUGUCCACCGCAAGCGGGGAGCUCCAGGUUGAUGCCUCCUUCAUGCAGACUCUGUGGAACAUGAACCCCAUCUGCUCUGGCUGUGAAGAAGGCUUUGUGACUGGAGGCCAUGUCCUCCGCCUCUUUCAUGGACACAUGGAUGAAUGUCUGACCAUUUCCCCUUCGGACAGUGAUGACCAACGCAGACUUGUCUACUACGAGGGAGGGCCUGUGUGCACGCAUGCCCGCUCGCUUUGGAGGCUAGAGCCGCUGAGAAUCAGCUGGAGUGGAAGCCAUCUCCGCUGGGGCCAGCCGCUUCGAAUCAGGCACGUGACCACUGGGCGGUACCUUGCGCUCACCGAGGACCAAGGCCUUGUGGUGGUUGAUGCCAGCAAGGCCCACACCAAGGCCACCUCCUUUUGCUUCCGAAUCUCAAAGGAGAAGCUGGAUGUGGCCCCCAAGAGAGAUGUGGAGGGCAUGGGGCCCCCUGAGAUCAAGUAUGGAGAAUCACUCUGCUUCGUGCAGCAUGUGGCCUCAGGCCUGUGGCUUACCUAUGCUGCCCCGGACCCCAAGGCCCUGAGGCUUGGCGUGCUCAAGAAGAAGGCCAUGCUGCACCAGGAAGGCCACAUGGAUGAUGCGCUGUCACUGACCCGAUGCCAGCAGGAGGAGUCCCAGGCUGCCCGAAUGAUCUACAGCACGGCGGGCCUGUACAACCAAUUCAUAAAGGGUCUCGAUAGCUUCAGUGGCAAGCCCCGGGGCUCGGGGCCACCGGCUGGGUCAGCAUUGCCCAUCGAAGGCGUCAUCCUGAGCCUGCAGGAUCUCAUAGGCUACUUCGAGCCGCCUUCGGAGGAGCUGCAGCACGAGGAGAAGCAGACCAAGCUCCGCAGCCUGCGCAACCGACAGAGCCUCUUCCAGGAGGAGGGGAUGCUCUCCCUGGUCCUGAAUUGCAUUGACCGUCUCAACGUCUACACCACUGCUGCUCACUUUGCCGAAUUUGCCGGGGAGGAGGCAGCUGAAUCUUGGAAAGAGAUUGUGAACCUGCUCUAUGAACUCCUAGCUUCUCUGAUCCGUGGCAAUCGUACCAACUGCGCCCUCUUCUCCACAAACUUGGAUUGGCUGGUCAGCAAGCUGGAUCGUCUGGAAGCCUCAUCUGGCAUACUGGAGGUGUUGUAUUGUGUCCUGAUUGAGAGUCCCGAGGUUCUGAACAUCAUCCAGGAGAACCACAUCAAGUCCAUCAUCUCCCUCCUAGACAAGCAUGGGAGGAAUCACAAGGUCCUGGAUGUGCUGUGCUCGCUGUGUGUGUGCAAUGGCGUGGCUGUGCGCUCCAACCAAGACCUCAUCACCGAGAACCUGCUCCCUGGCAGGGAGCUUCUGCUGCAGACAAACCUCAUCAACUACGUCACCAGCAUCCGCCCCAACAUCUUUGUGGGCCGAGCAGAAGGCUCCACGCAGUAUGGCAAAUGGUACUUUGAAGUGAUGGUGGAUGAGGUGGCCCCGUUUCUGACAGCUCAGGCCACUCACCUGCGCGUGGGCUGGGCCCUCAGCGAGGGCUACAGCCCCUACCCUGGAGGCGGCGAGGGCUGGGGCGGCAAUGGGGUCGGCGAUGACCUCUACUCCUACGGUUUUGAUGGGCUGCAUCUCUGGACAGGGCAUGUGGCGCGCCCAGUGACCUCUCCAGGACAGCACCUCCUGGCCCCGGAGGAUGUGGUCAGCUGCUGCCUGGACCUCAGUGUGCCGUCCAUCUCCUUCCGCAUCAACGGCUGCCCCGUGCAGGGAGUCUUCGAGUCCUUCAACCUCGAUGGGCUCUUUUUCCCUGUCGUGAGCUUCUCAGCUGGUGUCAAAGUGCGAUUCCUCCUUGGUGGCCGCCAUGGUGAAUUCAAGUUCCUGCCCCCACCCGGCUAUGCGCCGUGCCAUGAAGCUGUGCUCCCUCGGGAGCGACUCCAUCUCCAACCCAUUAAAGAAUACCGUCGGGAGGGGCCUCGGGGGCCCCACCUGGUGGGCCCCAGUCGCUGCCUCUCACACUUGGACUUUGUGCCCUGUCCUGUGGACACCAUCCAGAUCGUCUUGCCUCCCCACCUGGAGCGGAUUCGGGAGAAGCUGGCAGAGAACAUUCAUGAACUCUGGGCACUGACUCGCAUUGAGCAGGGGUGGACCUAUGGUCCGGUUCGGGAUGACAACAAGAGGCUGCAUCCAUGUCUUGUGGAUUUCCACAGCUUGCCAGAGCCUGAGCGGAAUUACAACUUGCAGAUGUCAGGGGAGACACUCAAGACCCUGCUGGCCCUGGGCUGCCACGUGGGCAUGGCUGACGAGAAGGCUGAGGACAAUCUAAAGAAGACAAAACUCCCCAAGACGUAUAUGAUGAGCAAUGGAUAUAAGCCGGCCCCGCUGGACCUGAGUCACGUGAGGCUGACACCCGCACAGACAACCCUGGUGGAUCGGCUGGCAGAGAAUGGGCACAACGUAUGGGCGAGAGACCGCGUGGCACAGGGCUGGAGCUACAGCGCUGUGCAGGACAUCCCUGCCCGCAGAAACCCUCGCCUCGUGCCCUACCGCCUGCUGGAUGAGGCCACCAAGCGCAGCAAUAGGGACAGUCUCUGCCAGGCUGUGCGCACCCUGCUGGGCUAUGGCUACAACAUUGAGCCACCUGACCAGGAGCCCAGUCAGGCGGACAGCCAGGCUCGUGGGGACCGGGCCCGCAUCUUCCGGGCGGAGAAGUCCUAUGCGGUCCAGAGCGGCCGCUGGUACUUUGAGUUUGAAGCAGUCACCACAGGAGAGAUGCGAGUAGGCUGGGCAAGGCCUGAGCUGCGACCUGACGUAGAGCUGGGAGCUGACGAGUUGGCCUACGUCUUCAAUGGGCACCGAGGCCAGCGCUGGCACUUGGGCAGUGAGCCAUUCGGACGCCCCUGGCAGUCAGGCGAUGUUGUCGGCUGCAUGAUUGAUCUCACGGAGAACAACAUUAUCUUCACCCUCAAUGGCGAGGUCCUCAUGUCUGACUCAGGCUCGGAAACUGCCUUCCGCGACAUUGAGAUCGGGGACGGCUUCCUUCCGGUCUGCAGCUUGGGACCUGGUCAGGUGGGCCACCUGAACCUGGGCCAGGACGUGAGCUCCCUGCGAUUUUUUGCCAUCUGUGGCCUCCAGGAAGGCUUUGAGCCAUUCGCCAUCAACAUGCAGCGGCCAGUGACCACCUGGUUUAGCAAGAGCCUUCCUCAGUUUGAGCCUGUGCCUCUUGAGCACCCCCACUAUGAGGUGGCCCGCAUGGAUGGCACUGUGGAUACACCUCCCUGCCUUCGCUUGACCCACCGCACCUGGGGCUCCCAGAACAGUCUGGUGGAGAUGCUGUUCCUCCGGCUGAGCCUUCCGGUCCAGUUCCACCAGCACUUCCGCUGCACCGCAGGGGCCACACCCCUGGCAUCCCCCGGCCUGCAGCCGCCUGCCGAAGAUGAGGCCCGGGCAGCAGAGCCUGAUCCCGACUAUGAAAACCUGCGCCGCUCAGCUGGAGGCUGGGGAGAGGCUGAGGGAGGCAAGGAAGGAACUGCCAAGGAAGGGGCACCCGGAGGCACCGCCCAGGCUGGGACUGAGGCCCAGCCUGCCAGGGCGGAGAAUGAGAAAGACGCAACCACUGAGAAGAACAAGAAGAGAGGGUUCUUGUUCAAGGCCAAGAAGGUCGCCAUGAUGACCCAACCACCUACCACCCCUGCUCUUCCCCGACUCCCUCGAGAUGUGGUACCUGCUGACAACCGUGAUGACCCUGAGAUCAUCCUCAACACCACCACGUACUAUUACUCUGUGAGGGUCUUCGCAGGUCAGGAGCCCAGCUGUGUGUGGGUGGGCUGGGUCACUCCUGACUACCAUCAGCACGACAUGAGCUUUGACCUCAGCAAGGUCCGGGCGGUGACGGUGACCAUGGGGGACGAACAAGGCAACGUCCACAGCAGCCUCAAGUGUAGCAACUGCUACAUGGUGUGGGGUGGAGAUUUUGUGAGUCCCGGACAGCAAGGCCGGAUCAGCCACACGGACUUUGUCAUUGGCUGCCUGGUGGAUUUGGCCACUGGCUUAAUGACCUUUACAGCCAACGGCAAAGAGAGCAACACCUUCUUCCAGGUGGAACCCAACACGAAACUGUUUCCUGCCGUCUUUGUCCUGCCCACCCACCAGAACGUGGUCCAGUUUGAGCUGGGGAAGCAGAAGAACAUCAUGCCUCUGUCAGCCGCCAUGUUCCAGAGUGAGCGCAAAAACCCAGCCCCGCAGUGCCCGCCAAGGCUGGAGGUCCAGAUGCUGAUGCCGGUCUCCUGGAGCCGGAUGCCCAACCACUUCCUGCAUGUGGACACUCGGCGUGCUGGAGAGCGGCUUGGCUGGGCUGUGCAGUGCCAGGAGCCGCUGAUGAUGAUGGCGCUACACAUCCCAGAGGAGAACAGGUGCAUGGACAUCCUGGAGCUGUCUGAGCGCCUGGACCUACAGCGCUUCCAUUCCCACACGCUGGCUCUCUACCGCUCCGUGUGCGCCCUAGGCAACAACCGGGUGGCCCACGCUCUGUGCAGCCACGUGGAUCAGGCGCAGCUGCUGCAUGCUCUGGAGGACGCGCACUUGCCAGGUCCCCUGCGCGCAGGCUACUAUGACCUCCUCAUCAGCAUCCACCUGGAAAGCGCCUGCCGCAGCCGCCGCUCCAUGCUCUCCGAGUACAUUGUGCCCCUCACGCCGGAGACGCGCGCCAUCACGCUCUUCCCACCGGGACGAAGCGCCGAAGACGGGCCCCGCCGCCACGGCCUGCCUGGUGUUGGAGUCACUACCUCGCUGAGACCUCCCCACCAUUUCUCACCGCCCUGUUUUGUGGCCGCCUUGCCCGCUGCUGGGGCGGCAGAGGCUCCCGCCCGCCUCAGCCCUGCCAUCCCUCUGGAGGCUCUCCGGGACAAGGCACUGAGGAUGUUGGGGGAAGCCGUGCGAGAUGGAGGACAGCAUGCUCGAGACCCAGUCGGGGGCUCUGUGGAGUUUCAGUUCGUGCCAGUGCUCAAGCUUGUGUCUACCCUCCUGGUGAUGGGCGUCUUUAGCGACGAGGAUGUGAAGCAGAUCCUGAAGAUGAUUGAGCCUGAAGUAUUCACUGAGGAAGAAGAGGUAGAGGAGGAGGAAGAGGAGGAAGAGGAAGAUGAGGAGGAGAAAGAGGAGGAUGAGGAGGAAGAGGCACAUGAGAAGGAAGAUGAGGAAAAGGAAGAGGAGGAGGAGGCAGCCGAAGAGGAGAAAGAGGAGCUGGAGGAGGGCCUGCUCCAGAUGAAGCUGCCCGAGUCUGUGAAGUUACAGAUGUGUCACCUCCUGGAGUAUUUCUGUGACCAAGAGCUGCAGCACCGUGUGGAGUCCUUGGCGGCCUUUGCAGAGUGCUAUGUGGACAAGCUCCAGUCCAACCAGCGGGGUCGCUACGGCCUCCUCAUGAAAGCCUUCACCAUGAGUGCAGCUGAGACCGCAAGACGCACCCGAGAGUUCCGCUCUCCACCCCAGGAGCAGAUCAACAUGCUAUUGCAAUUCAAAAAUGGCGCAGAUGAGGAAGAUUGUCCUCUUCCUGAAGAGGUCCGCCAGGAUCUGGUUAACUUUCACCAAGACCUGCUGGCACACUGUGGAAUCCAGCUGGAGGGAGAGGAGGAGGAGCCGGAGGAAGAGACCACGCUGGGUAGCCGCCUAAUGAGCCUGUUGGAGAAAGUGCGCCUGGUGAAGAAGAAAGAGGAGAAACCCGAGGAGGAGCCAGCAGCCGAGGAGCAGAAACCUCAGUCCUUGCAGGAGCUGGUGUCCCACACGGUGGUGCGCUGGGCCCAGGAGGACUUCAUUCAGAGCCCUGAGCUGGUCCGUGCCAUGUUCAGCCUCCUGCACCGACAGUAUGACGGGCUGGGUGAGCUGCUGCGCGCCUUGCCCCGGGCCUACACCAUCUCUCUGUCCUCGGUGGAGGACACCAUGAGCCUGCUGGAGUGCCUGGGCCAGAUCCGCUCCCUGCUUAUUGUGCAGAUGGGUCCCCAGGAGGAGAACCUCAUGAUCCAGAGCAUUGGGAACAUCAUGAACAACAAAGUCUUCUACCAACACCCAAACCUGAUGAGAGCUCUGGGUAUGCACGAAACGGUCAUGGAGGUCAUGGUGAACGUCCUCGGGGGUGGCGAGUCGAAGGAGAUCCGCUUCCCCAAGAUGGUGACAAGCUGCUGCCGCUUCCUCUGCUACUUCUGCCGAAUCAGCCGACAGAACCAGCGCUCCAUGUUUGACCACUUAAGCUACCUGCUGGAGAAUAGUGGCAUUGGCCUGGGCAUGCAGGGCUCCACACCCCUGGAUGUGGCAGCUGCUUCGGUCAUUGACAACAAUGAGCUGGCCUUGGCAUUACAAGAGCAAGAUCUGGAAAAGGUUGUGUCGUACCUGGCGGGCUGUGGCUUACAAAGCUGCCCCAUGCUCCUGGCCAAAGGCUAUCCUGAUAUCGGAUGGAAUCCCUGCGGGGGUGAACGCUACCUGGACUUCCUGCGCUUCGCUGUCUUUGUCAAUGGUGAGAGCGUGGAAGAGAACGCUAACGUGGUGGUGCGGCUGUUGAUACGAAAGCCUGAGUGCUUCGGACCCGCCCUGCGGGGUGAGGGUGGCUCAGGGCUGCUGGCUGCCAUCGAAGAGGCCAUCCGCAUCUCUGAGGACCCCGCCCGGGAUGGACCAGGUGUCCGCAGGGACCGGCGACGUGAGCACUUCGGUGAGGAGCCUCCUGAAGAAAACCGGGUGCACCUGGGACAUGCCAUCAUGUCCUUCUAUGCUGCCUUGAUCGACCUGCUGGGACGCUGCGCACCUGAGAUGCAUCUGAUCCAAGCGGGAAAGGGUGAGGCCCUGAGGAUCCGAGCCAUCCUUCGGUCCCUUGUGCCCUUGGACGACCUUGUGGGCAUCAUCAGCCUCCCACUGCAGAUCCCCACCCUGGGCAAAGAUGGGGCACUGAUACAGCCGAAGAUGUCCGCAUCCUUCGUGCCUGACCACAAGGCAUCCAUAGUGCUUUUCCUGGACCGGGUGUACGGCAUUGAGAACCAGGACUUCUUGCUGCAUGUGCUGGACGUGGGGUUCCUUCCUGACAUGAGGGCAGCUGCCUCACUGGACACGGCGACUUUCAGCACCACAGAGAUGGCGCUGGCACUGAACCGCUACCUGUGCCUGGCGGUGCUGCCGCUCAUCACCAAGUGCGCGCCACUCUUCGCGGGCACCGAGCACCGUGCCAUCAUGGUGGACUCCAUGCUGCACACCGUGUACCGCCUGUCGCGUGGCCGCUCGCUCACCAAGGCACAGCGUGAUGUCAUCGAGGACUGCCUCAUGGCGCUCUGCAGGUACAUCCGCCCGUCCAUGCUGCAGCACCUGCUUCGACGCCUGGUGUUCGACGUGCCAAUCCUCAACGAGUUCGCCAAGAUGCCACUCAAGCUCCUUACCAACCACUAUGAGCGCUGCUGGAAAUACUACUGCCUCCCUACAGGCUGGGCCAACUUCGGGGUCACCUCCGAGGAAGAGCUGCACCUCACACGCAAACUCUUCUGGGGCAUCUUUGACUCCCUGGCGCAUAAGAAGUACGACCAGGAGCUCUACCGGAUAGCCAUGCCUUGUCUGUGUGCGAUCGCGGGCGCGCUGCCCCCCGACUAUGUGGAUGCCUCGUACUCGUCCAAGACGGAGAAAAAAGCCACAGUGGACGCUGAAGGCAACUUUGACCCCCGGCCCGUGGAGACCCUCAAUGUCAUCAUCCCAGAGAAGCUGGACUCCUUCAUCAACAAGUUUGCCGAGUACACCCAUGAGAAGUGGGCCUUCGACAAGAUCCAGAACAACUGGUCCUACGGCGAGAAUGCUGAUGAGGAAUUGAAGACCCACCCCAUGCUGAGACCCUACAAGACCUUUUCAGAGAAGGACAAAGAGAUUUACCGCUGGCCCAUCAAGGAGUCCUUGAAGGCCAUGAUUGCCUGGGAGUGGACAGUAGAGAAGGCCAGAGAAGGUGAGGAAGAAAAGACAGAGAAGAAGAAGACGAGGAAGAUAUCCCAAACUGCCCAGACAUAUGACCCUCGAGAAGGCUACAAUCCCCAGCCCCCAGACCUCAGCGGGGUUACAUUGUCCCGGGAGCUGCAGGCCAUGGCCGAACAACUGGCGGAAAAUUACCACAACACGUGGGGGCGAAAGAAGAAGCAAGAGCUGGAGGCCAAAGGGGGUGGGUCCCAUCCCCUACUGGUCCCCUACGACACGCUCACGGCCAAGGAGAAGGCACGGGACCGAGAGAAGGCCCAGGAGUUGCUCAAGUUUCUGCAGAUGAAUGGUUAUGCUGUCACCAGAGGCCUUAAGGACAUGGAACUGGACACAUCUUCCAUUGAGAAGCGGUUUGCCUUUGGCUUCCUGCAGCAGCUGUUGCGCUGGAUGGACAUUUCCCAGGAGUUCAUCGCUCAUCUGGAGGCUGUGGUCAGCAGUGGACGAGUGGAGAAGUCUCCACAUGAGCAGGAGAUUAAAUUCUUUGCUAAGAUUCUGCUUCCUUUGAUCAACCAAUACUUCACCAACCACUGUCUCUACUUCCUGUCCACACCGGCCAAAGUGCUGGGCAGUGGUGGCCACGCCUCCAACAAGGAGAAGGAAAUGAUCACCAGCCUCUUCUGUAAACUCGCUGCUCUUGUCCGCCACCGAGUCUCUCUCUUUGGGACGGAUGCUCCUGCUGUGGUCAACUGUCUUCACAUAUUGGCACGUUCCCUGGAUGCCAGGACGGUGAUGAAGUCCGGCCCCGAGAUUGUGAAGGCUGGGCUCCGCUCCUUCUUCGAGAGUGCCUCCGAAGACAUUGAGAAGAUGGUGGAGAACCUGAGACUAGGCAAGGUGUCCCAGGCGCGCACGCAGGUCAAGGGCGUGGGCCAGAACCUCACCUACACCACGGUGGCCCUGCUGCCUGUCCUCACCACCCUCUUCCAGCACAUCGCCCAGCACCAGUUCGGAGACGAUGUCAUCCUGGAUGACGUGCAAGUCUCCUGCUACCGAACGCUGUGCAGCAUCUACUCUCUGGGAACCACCAGGAACCCCUACGUGGAGAAGCUGCGGCCAGCCCUGGGGGAAUGCCUGGCCCGCCUGGCCGCAGCCAUGCCAGUGGCCUUUCUGGAGCCUCAGCUGAAUGAGUACAACGCCUGCUCCGUCUACACCACCAAGUCUCCUCGAGAGCGGGCCAUCCUGGGGCUCCCCAACAGUGUGGAGGAGAUGUGUCCUGACAUCCCAGUGCUAGAGCGGCUCAUGGCAGAAAUCGGGGGGCUUGCCGAGUCCGGGGCACGCUACACGGAGAUGCCACACGUCAUCGAGAUCACAUUGCCUAUGCUGUGCAGCUACCUGCCCCGCUGGUGGGAGCGGGGGCCUGAGGCACCCCCACCAGCCCUGCCUGCAGGGGCUCCCCCACCCUGCACGGCAGUCACCUCGGACCACCUCAACUCCCUGCUGGGGAACAUCCUUCGAAUCAUCGUCAACAACCUGGGCAUCGAUGAGGCCUCGUGGAUGAAGCGGCUGGCUGUGUUCGCCCAGCCCAUUGUGAGCCGGGCCAGGCCGGAGCUCCUGCGCUCCCACUUCAUCCCUACCAUCGGGCGACUGCGUAAGCGCGCAGGCAAGGUGGUGGCUGAGGAGGAGCAGCUGCGCCUGGAGGCCAAGGCAGAGGCUGAGGAGGGUGAGCUCCUAGUGCGGGACGAGUUCUCCGUGCUCUGCCGUGACCUGUACGCCCUCUACCCACUGCUCAUCCGCUACGUGGACAACAACAGGGCGCACUGGCUGACAGAGCCCAAUCCCAACGCGGAGGAGCUGUUCAGGAUGGUGGGCGAAAUCUUCAUCUACUGGUCCAAGUCCCACAACUUUAAGCGUGAGGAACAGAACUUUGUGGUCCAGAAUGAGAUCAACAACAUGUCCUUCCUGACUGCAGACAAUAAGAGCAAAAUGGCCAAGGCGGGAGACGUGCAGUCAGGUGGCUCGGACCAGGAACGCACCAAGAAGAAGCGCCGGGGGGACCGGUACUCGGUGCAGACAUCUUUGAUCGUGGCCACACUCAAGAAGAUGUUGCCAAUCGGACUAAACAUGUGUGCUCCCACCGACCAGGACCUCAUUGUGUUGGCCAAGGCCCGCUAUGCCCUGAAAGACACAGAUGAGGAGGUCCGUGAAUUCCUUCAAAACAACCUCAACCUUCAGGGAAAGGUCGAAGGCUCCCCAUCUCUUCGCUGGCAGAUGGCACUGUACCGCGGCGUCCCAGGUCGUGAGGAAGAUGCCGAUGACCCCGAGAAAAUUGUGCGUCGAGUCCAGGAAGUGUCCGCUGUGCUCUAUCACCUGGACCAGACGGAGCAUCCUUACAAGUCCAAGAAGGCGGUGUGGCAUAAACUCUUGUCCAAGCAGCGCCGGAGGGCAGUGGUAGCCUGCUUCCGCAUGACACCCCUGUACAACCUGCCCACGCACCGAGCAUGUAACAUGUUCUUGGAGAGCUACAAGGCCUCCUGGAUCCUGACUGAAGACCACAGUUUUGAGGACCGCAUGAUAGAUGACCUAUCAAAAGCUGGGGAGCAGGAGGAAGAGGAGGAAGAAGUGGAAGAGAAGAAGCCGGACCCCCUACACCAGCUGGUCCUCCACUUCAGCCGCACUGCUCUGACUGAGAAGAGCAAACUGGAUGAGGAUUACCUGUACAUGGCAUAUGCCGACAUCAUGGCAAAGAGUUGCCACCUGGAGGAGGGCGGGGAAAAUGGCGAAGAAGGUGAAGAGGAGGGAUCGGAAGUGUCCUUUGAGGAGAAGGAGAUGGAGAAGCAGAGGCUCCUGUAUCAACAAUCACGACUGCAUAACCGGGGUGCCGCUGAGAUGGUACUGCAGAUGAUCAGUGCCUGCAAAGGAGAGACAGGUGCCAUGGUGUCCUCCACGCUGAAGCUGGGCAUCUCCAUCCUCAACGGAGGGAACGCCGAAGUACAGCAGAAAAUGCUGGAUUACCUGAAGGACAAGAAGGAAGUGGGAUUCUUCCAGAGCAUCCAGGCGCUAAUGCAGACAUGCAGUGUCCUCGACCUCAAUGCCUUCGAGAGGCAGAACAAGGCAGAGGGGCUGGGCAUGGUGAACGAGGAUGGAACUGUCAUCAAUCGCCAAAACGGAGAGAAGGUCAUGGCAGAUGACGAAUUCACGCAAGACCUGUUCCGCUUCCUGCAGCUCCUCUGCGAAGGGCAUAACAAUGAUUUCCAGAACUACCUACGGACACAGACGGGGAACACGACCACCAUCAACAUCAUCAUCUGUACAGUAGACUACCUCCUGCGGCUGCAGGAAUCCAUCAGUGACUUCUACUGGUACUACUCGGGCAAGGACGUCAUUGAGGAGCAGGGAAAGAGGAACUUCUCCAAAGCCAUGUCAGUAGCUAAACAAGUGUUCAACAGCCUCACUGAGUACAUCCAGGGCCCCUGCACUGGAAACCAGCAGAGUCUGGCGCACAGCCGCCUCUGGGACGCCGUGGUGGGCUUCCUGCACGUGUUUGCCCACAUGAUGAUGAAGCUGGCCCAGAUGACUCCCGUGUCGGGUACCCACGAUGAACAUGUUUGGACGCGGGUCCCCUCAGAGGACUCCAGCCAGAUAGAGCUGCUGAAGGAGCUGCUGGACCUCCAGAAGGACAUGGUGGUGAUGUUGUUGUCCCUCCUGGAAGGGAACGUGGUAAACGGCAUGAUCGCGCGGCAGAUGGUAGACAUGCUCGUGGAGUCCUCUUCCAACGUGGAGAUGAUCCUCAAGUUUUUCGACAUGUUUCUGAAACUCAAGGACAUCGUGGGCUCUGAGGCCUUCCAGGACUACAUCACAGACCCUCGUGGUCUCAUCUCCAAGAAGGACUUCCAGAAGGCCAUGGACAGCCAGAAGCAGUUCUCUGGUCCAGAGAUCCAGUUCCUGCUGUCGUGCUCCGAAGCCGACGAGAACGAAAUGAUCAACUGUGAAGAGUUUGCCAACCGCUUCCAGGAGCCAGCGCGGGACAUCGGCUUCAACGUGGCCGUGCUGCUGACCAACCUGUCAGAGCACGUCCCCCACGACCCGCGCCUGCGCAACUUCCUGGAGCUGGCUGAGAGCAUCCUGGAGUACUUCCGGCCUUACCUGGGCCGCAUCGAGAUCAUGGGAUCCUCCCGUCGCAUAGAGCGGAUCUACUUCGAGAUCUCAGAGACCAACCGUGCUCAGUGGGAGAUGCCCCAGGUGAAGGAGUCCAAGCGCCAGUUCAUCUUCGACGUGGUGAACGAGGGCGGCGAGUCGGAGAAGAUGGAGCUGUUUGUUAGCUUCUGCGAGGACACGAUCUUCGAGAUGCAGAUCGCGGCUCAGAUCUCGGAGCCAGAGGGCGAGCCGGAGGAGGACGAGGACGAGGGCGCGGAGGAGGCCGAGGAGGGCGCGGCGGGCCCCGACGGGACCGGGGUGGCGGCGGCGGCGGGCGUGUGGGCUUGGCUGGCGGCGGCGGGGAGCCGGACGCUGCGGGGCCUGAGCUACCGUAGCCUGCGGCGGCGGGUGCGGAGGCUGCGGAGACUGACGGCGCGGGAGGCGGCCACGGCGGUGGCCGCGCUGCUCUGGGCGCUGGUGGCGCGCGCGGGGGGCGCGGGCGCGGGCGCGGCGGCGGGGGCGCUCAGGCUGCUCUGGGGCUCGCUGUUCGGCGGCGGGCUGGUAGACAGCGCCAAGAAGGUGACGGUGACCGAGCUCCUGGCCGGCAUGCCGGACCCCACGGGCGACGAGGUGCACGGCCAGCAGCCGAGCGGCCCUGGCAGCGAUGCCGAGGGCGAGGGCGAGGGCGAGGGCGAAGGCGAUGCGGCCGAAGGCGCGGGAGAUGAAGAGGCGGCAGCGGACCAGGCUGGCACGGGAGGCGCCGACGGGGCGGUAGCUGUGGCCGAUGGGAGCCCCUUCCGGCCAGAAGGCACUGGUGGUCUCGGGGACAUGGGUGACACAACGCCUGUGGAGCCUCCCACGCCAGAGGGCUCGCCCAUCCUCAAGAGGAAGCUGGGGGUGGAUGGAGAAGAAGAAGAGGAGCCUCCUCCAGAACCAGAGCCGGAGCCAGAACCGGAGAAAGCUGACACUGAGAAUGGAGAGAAGGAAGAAGUCCCCGAGCCUCCUCCAGAACCCCCCAAGAAGACACCCCCUCCACCCACUCCAAAGAAGGAGGAAGCCGGAGGUGCAGGCCUGGAGGAAUUCUGGGGGGAACUGGAAGUACAGAGGGUGAAAUUCUUGAACUACUUAUCGAGGAACUUCUACACGCUGCGGUUCCUGGCCCUCUUCUUGGCAUUUGCCAUCAACUUCAUCUUGCUGUUUUAUAAGGUCUCAGACUCUCCACCAGGGGAGGAUGACGUAGAAGGCUCCGGAGCCGGGGACAUGUCAGGGGCAGGGUCUGGUGGUGGCUCCGGCUGGGGCUCCGGGGCCAGCGAGGAGGUGGAAGGUGACGAAGAUGAGAACAUGGUGUACUACUUCCUGGAGGAGAGCACGGGUUACAUGGAGCCCGCCCUGCGGUGCCUGAGCCUGCUGCAUACUCUGGUGGCCUUUCUCUGCAUCAUCGGCUACAACUGUCUCAAGGUGCCCCUAGUGAUCUUUAAGCGGGAGAAGGAGCUGGCCCGGAAGCUGGAGUUCGAUGGCCUCUACAUUACGGAGCAGCCUGAGGACGAUGACGUGAAGGGGCAGUGGGACCGCCUGGUGCUCAACACACCGUCUUUCCCCAGCAACUACUGGGACAAGUUUGUCAAGCGGAAGGUUUUGGACAAACACGGGGACAUCUUCGGGCGCGAACGGAUUGCGGAGCUGCUGGGCAUGGAUCUGGCCUCUCUGGAGAUCACGGCCCACAAUGAGCGCAAACCUGACCCUCCACCAGGGCUGCUCACAUGGAUCAUGUCCAUCGAUGUCAAGUACCAGAUCUGGAAGUUUGGAGUCAUCUUCACAGACAACUCUUUCCUGUAUCUGGGCUGGUACAUGGUGAUGUCCCUCCUGGGACACUACAAUAACUUCUUCUUCGCUGCCCACCUCCUGGACAUCGCCAUGGGGGUCAAGACGCUGCGCACCAUCCUCUCGUCUGUCACUCACAACGGGAAGCAGCUGGUGAUGACCGUGGGGCUCCUGGCCGUUGUGGUCUACCUGUACACGGUGGUGGCCUUCAACUUCUUCCGCAAGUUCUACAACAAGAGCGAAGACGAGGACGAGCCCGACAUGAAAUGCGACGACAUGAUGACGUGUUACCUGUUCCACAUGUAUGUGGGUGUACGGGCCGGUGGAGGCAUCGGGGAUGAGAUCGAGGACCCAGCGGGUGACGAGUACGAACUCUACCGCGUUGUCUUCGACAUCACCUUCUUCUUCUUUGUCAUCGUCAUCCUGCUGGCCAUCAUUCAGGGUCUGAUUAUUGAUGCUUUUGGGGAGCUUCGAGACCAACAAGAGCAAGUGAAGGAAGACAUGGAGACUAAGUGCUUCAUCUGCGGAAUAGGCAGUGACUACUUUGACACGACCCCACAUGGGUUCGAGACCCACACUCUGGAGGAGCACAACCUGGCCAAUUACAUGUUUUUCCUGAUGUAUUUGAUCAACAAGGAUGAGACAGAGCACACCGGUCAGGAGUCGUAUGUCUGGAAGAUGUACCAGGAAAGGUGCUGGGAUUUCUUCCCUGCUGGGGACUGUUUCCGCAAGCAGUAUGAGGACCAGCUUAGCUGAGGUCUGCGGCUGGCCUCCCCACCUCAAGUGCCUUACUCCCGCCAUAAGCUCCGUCCAGGCAGCUGGGCACAGGUGAUGCUGAACUAGACAAAUAAAGCCUAUGCCACACCCCA